AUGAGAAUGCCUUUUAAAGGUUUUGAAUUGGUCCUCUUCGUAGUUCUGGCUGUGGUGCUGUUACCAGGUGCCUAUGCUCCUGAUUAUAAGAUCUUCUUGAGACAGCACUAUGAUAAUCCAAAGAGCAACGUUGGAAACCGCUACUGUGACAGCAUGAUGCAAAGACGGAAGAUGACCAAGCCAAACUGCAAGGAUAAAAAUUCCUUCAUUCAUGGCACCAAGAAAAACAUCAUUAAAGUGUGUGGUUCCGGAGGUCAGCCUUAUGGUAAUGGGCUUCGGCGUAGCCGUAACCGAUUUUCGGUCACCACCUGCAAGAACAGAGGGGGCUCCAACCGUCCGCCUUGCAGAUAUAGUGAGAACACUUCAUCAAGAUUGAUUGUUGUGCGUUGUGCAGGUGGAAAACCUGUGCACUUUGAUGAGAGCCAGAUCUGA